CCAUCAAAAAAAAGAAGAAAAAAGUACGUUGACCAGUUUUGUUUUUCUUCAAUGACCUAAGUAAAUAGAAAUGAUGGAUGGAUGACUGAAAAAAAGAAGAAGUAAAAGACCUCCAUAAAUGGAAUUUAGUUACGGAACAUGCUUUUAAUCGGAAGCGGGGAAGGGACGGCUUUUCUCUGGGUUUCAGACACGGCUGUGAAUGCGUUGUUUGGAGUACAGCAAGAGCAGAUAAUCCAGUUUGACGCAGAGUUAUUCGCCUUCCCUAACAACCAUAUAACAACAUGGCGGCGCUCAUGAUAACUUCAAUUUACAGAAUUUCAGAACGACAGAAGUGUGAAUAAGAUAGCAUGUGAAUAGUGCACCAUUUAAUCCAUUACACAUGUGUACUUGCAUUUGAAGAUGACUCAGUAAUAAGGUUUUCCUUGCUAUACAAGAGCAACAUGAAGGCACGAUACAAAAGUGGCUCUGGCUUGAAAACCAAAACUGUCCCCAAAGACAACUUACCUAGACUGGAUCCAUGUCCUACAAUGGUAAAAAUACCACAGCUUGCAUCAGAAUACACAUUGGUGAUGCCCAGCAAAACAAAACAAAAACAAGUCACCAGUAGUCUCCUGGAACCUUUUGACAAUACCACAGCUCCAGUUGAAGACAGAUAUAUUAAGAAAAUAAGUGCUGACUUGAGAUUUUCCGAAGAAGUCGUCAAGGAAAAAUGUUUCCACAUGCUGCCUUAUGAUGAUAAGUAUUUCUGGGAGGCUCUGGAUAUCGGAGAUUUGAUUGUUAAACCUCCAGCCACUAUAUGUGGAGGUGGAAGGCAUAAUAACCGAGGUCCUGAUGUACGUCAUGCACCAUGUUUAGUUACUAAAGGUAAAACAUCAUUGAAACCAUUGAAGUCGGACAUUGUCAAGAAAGCUAUUCUUCUGCACCAGCAGGCUGUUAAAAAGCAAAAAGAAAUUGAAGACGACAAAUCGGUAGAAUCUGAUGCGAAAAAACAACAAAUAACUGAGGAAGAUGCAUCUGAGCAGAAAGAGAAAGAAUCUGGGUCAGUUUUCAUGACUGAAGUUAGCUAUGAUGGAAAAGAAAAGGAUAAGAAAUCACCUUCCCCCCGUAGUAUGAGGGACAUGCUUUCCGACAAAAUGGCCGCCAGCCAGAAGAACUGGGACGCCUAUCUACUGUCCAUCAUGAGUCCACUCACAGCAAAGUGGGUGGUUCAUAAAAAGAUGCCUCCAUCAGAAGACAGAGAAAACCUGUCCCAGGUGUUGGCUGAAUGGUACGGUCCCUCGACUGAUGUAGAUCUGGUUCCUGAUAACAUCAGCGAGUGUGAAUUUGAGCUUGAAACAAAGAAGAAGAAGAAAGAAAAACCCCAAAAGAAGAAAGAUAAAACAAAAAUGACAUUCCUGGAGAAGGUCAAGGCUGAAUAUCAAGGAACAGCUCACGAUCCUUAUUCCAUAGACAAUGAUGCCCCGUUUUAUCGCCAACCAGCCGGAGUGAGACGACAGUACAAAACUGUUGAGAAAGAAGAGGCAGGUUCUAUUAACACUACUGCACACAACAUUGAGGUGAAAACCUACAAGCCUCCUCCACUGCCCACGCUUGAAGACUACCUGAACCCAGCAGUCGGUAACACCAUGUAUCGCACAGACAACAGGUUCCAGCAGGAAUGGCUUACAGGCUGCAAGCAGGUUUACCAGCCCGAUGAUGAGUCAAAGAUAGUGAUGGAAAGUCAGACCACGUUCAAGAAACAGUUCCGGAAAGAGUACCCCGACGUCCCUGAACACUGGUUCCCCGAGUCAGAGGUGAAGAAGGAGCAGCCAGUCCAGCAGCGAGGCAGACGGAUCACCACCAUCAAGAAGGGAUACAGACGCUGGAAGGCUCUCCCAGAACCCAUGGAUGACACAUCAGACAUUGUGAAUGUUGCCCCACCAGGAUAUGAUCCGGAGUUCCACCGAUCACCAGACCCGAAGACUCGACGAGUGAUCAAGCUCAACACAUCUCUCAUGCAGAUCAUCAAUGAGUGGCGUGCCAAGUGGCACCUGAGUGGCCAGUUUGCCGACAGCAACUCGGAAGAUUUAAUCCGGGAUAUGACCGACAUUCAGCCACACGUGCGUCUCAAGGCCAUUGUGACGGCGGGCAAGGCAGCAGAGUACAAGCCACCCGAAGAGCAGGGCAUCACGCUGGAAUACGAGGAGAGAGGUGCGUCAAAUGUGGACGAGAAAAUCAUCAUGGGCUUGCAGUGUCUGCUCGAUGACCGCAACGAGACAGUAAAGAAAACCGCCGCAAUCACACUCUACUCACUGAAUCGGCCAACAGCAAAGGCAGAGAGUAUCCUGCGUAAGACGUUAUUUGCGGAGACAACCAUCGAUCGCUGGACCGCUGCUCAGUGUCUGGCUCAUUUCGGUGUGUGUGACUCGGACAUCGUAGGGGAGAUAAUCAAGCAACUCUUGUCCACAGAAGACUCAAUCAAACAUGAGCAGGGCAUCAGUCUCCUCGCCAAAAUCAGUAAUAAUUCAACGCUGGUUCACUGCAUGGUUGCAGAACAGCUGAACAGCAGCAGCUGGCGGCACCGAGUGAUUGCUUGUAAAAUCCUCCCCACUUUACAUGGCACCAUCAACAAGGACAUAACACAUAAGCUGUCUGAACUCAUGUGGAAUGACUGGCAUGCUGAAGUGAGGAAGGCAACCGCUCAGUGUCUCGGCAAAACGCAGCACGGUCGCGAAGUUCACAAUGAACUGCAGCAUCGGUUAGAGGAUAAGAACGAGCCAAUACGACUGGAGGCCAUCAGUAGGAUUGGCCAGCUUGGUAUAAUGACAGCCAAGCUCCUCCCUGUGUUUCUCAAGUGUUUUGAUGACCCCUACAUGUCAAUCAGACUGGAGAUGUGCAUUACGAGUGGCAAUCUCGGCAUUAAGGAUGAACGGGUCGUUGACAAGCUUGUCAACAUAGCAACCUACGAUCCUGUGUGGAAGGUUAAGGCCACAGCAGUACAAGCACUGGGUAAGAUUGGUGUGACAAACGACCGGAUCUUCGAGUGUCUGCUGUGGGCGCUGCGGUAUGAGGAGAAGCCGACGGUGAGGGCGGAGGCGUGUCACUCCCUGAUUGUGCUCGGGUACCAUGAUGACGAGAUGAUCGAGGUGCUGCAGGACCGACUGCUGGUCGAGACAAGUCAGCCCGUCAGAGAUGAAAUGCUUGAAGCACUGCGUGAGUUUGGCGUGAAUACCACAGAGGACAUGGACAUGGUGGCUCAGAUCAAGAAAGAGGUGCGCAAGCUGUGCACACGCAACAUCAUCGCAACCCAGAUCAUGAUGGACGAGACGGACGAACUCACUCGAGAAAACAUGGAGCGACUCAUCUGCGAAUCAGACAAGGAGCUUGAGCGCUUGUUCUCAGUACGGAAUCGUUAUCUUAACCUCGCCACCAAGUCUGAUUUAGAUAUCACUGUACAUAACCUGAGUAGUAGUUCGGCAACACAGCUAGAACUCGAGGCACAUAAAGCAAAGGUAGAGAACUUUUAUGAACAGAUGCGCGCCAUGAGUGCUAGAAGCAGUUUGAGAUCUGGAAUAAUUAAGACAGAAAAUGACUUGGGCUCACCAGAGCCGAGUCGAGAAAGCACAAUUUUCACACCAUCUGCUGAUAAAGAACUGGAGGACAUCAUGUCUCGUGAAGACACAACUGAAACAGACUCCCCGGACACUGUGACUCUGUCGUCAAUGGGAACCAAGUCCAGAACAGUGUCUGGGAAGUCAAUGUCCUCAUCGGCAACAAAGUCUCGGAAUGGGAUCUCCAUCCAGAUGUCAUCAGAGAAAUCUGAAGGCGAUUCCUCAUCAGCUGGUAAGUCGAGGACUGGUGACACCAAUCAGAAUACUAGUACAAAAGGUCCUCUGAAGACAUCAUCUGUGAUUCCCAUGCUGGAAGUAUCAGAGGUGCGGACAACAAGUAGCGUGUCCUCACUGCCGGGAAUGCCUUCCCACACAGGAGCUGGCAUGACUCCAUCUGUGUCAACUGAGGAUGUUAGUAGACUGUCAAGAAUGAGCAUGGGUCGAACAUCCGAGCGGAAAGCUUUGCUAAGCAGGGACACCCAGAUAGAGAAAGAUAAGAUUUCUGCAUCAUCGGUGAGAGCAUAUCUUGGUCUGAAUGCACGCUACACGGACAUGCUUCCAUUGUUAGACAAGCUGGAUUAUGGACUUUCAGCUCUGGAUACUUCAUCAAAAUCAAGUCCAGCUGCAACUAUUGAAGAUAAAUCUGCUGUUGGUGAAUCCUUAGAUUCUACAGCUUCAUCAACUCAAGAUGAAGAUACUGGAGACAUUUCAACUAAGUCUGUGGAGGAUGUACAAAGUCAACUAGCUGAUGGUGUCAAAUGUGAAAGCAUCGAUGGCAAAACCUCUCUGUCCACUGAAAAAGAUGCAGCACAAAGUAUCAUCCCUUCAAUCGAGAUCGAGGGCCAACAAAAUGGUGAAUUGUCUGCAAUUGGUGAUAAUGUCCCAGCUAUCAUAAUAGACACUGCAAGUGAAGUUGAUCAUACUGAAUCGAGUAUUGCAGAUGAUGUUCAAGGAGGGACAUCAAUGGCUACAGAUAAGGUGGAACAUAGCAAGUCAGAGGAUAUAUAAUAAGAUAGUAUUUAAUAAUAAUGUGGCAGAGUUGCAAGAAAAGUAAUAAGAUAAUGCAGCGUAUGUUCAGUUAGAAACAUCAGAUAUUUGAAAAUGACCACUAAAAGCAGCAUUGUACCUGUUUAGAGAAAUGCUGCAUUUGCUGAAUGGCAGUUUCUAAACCUGCUGAACGUGAUGCUGGAUUAGUCGAGGGAAACCCCAGUGGUUAAUAAUGUGUUGGGAUCGUUUUCUUGUCUUUUUCUUUUGUACAUUUACCGUGUAACAUGUGCUUGAAUUAUCUUAUUAGAAUGUACUUUUGUGGUAUACUGCUGAUGUCAAAAGCAUUAUCAUUAUUUGUUAAUGCUCAAGAAGUGAUAUUUUCCCCAAGAAACUGUGAUAUUUUAAAUUUUAUUUACUUGUUUUUGAGGUACUGUGUUGUGGUUAUUUUUCUGCAUUUACAUAUCUUAGCUUUCAAAGGUAAGUUCAUAUAUAUCAAUAUAUACAUGUAUCCUAGUAUAUAUGUCUGUCUCUGCUGGUGUGGGUGUACAUGUAUAUAUGUAUUCAUCUGUGUUUGUAUUAGCGUGCGAGUGUGUGCGUGUGUGUAUGUGUGAUAUUCUUCCCGUGUUAAUACAAAAUAAAUAUUGAAGAGGAUUUUUAUAUGUUGCCCAUAUAUUUAGCGAUCUUUCUUUGUGUAUAUAUACUGUGAUACAAUUUUGAAUAAUUAAUUAAACCCAUUGCUGUGUUAUUAGCAAUAUUAAAACUGAAAAAAGAAAGAAUUAAAUUAUUUGAUAUUG